AUGACUAGCCACGGGAGUUCCAUGGAUUGGCUCAGACUUAUCAUCACCGUUAGUAAUAGAGGCGGGUUUAAAGCCGUUUCUGAGAAUGCUGCAUGGGAUAAAGUUGGUCAGGAGUCUGGAUUAGGGCUUGGUGCGAAAUUGAUCUAUGUCAAGUAUCUCGCCGCACUUGCUCGAUGGUUGAACAGUGAUUCUAGCCCGGGGUUGCCUGGAACCUCAAAGGAUCUGAUUGCUAGGCUUAGAGACUUUGUAUCUCAAGCCAAGAGCAACUAUGAGUUGAGGAAAGUAGGAGCAGAGUUCAAGUGGUUGCUUGAGAAAGUUGACAAGGAUCACUCUUCGCCUGGGAAGAUGAAACGGGAAUGUUCUGUAGAGACUUUAAAAUGGUUAAGCGAGGCUGCUAAGGAUCCAUGUGACACAUCUAAUGCUUCUUUGCCGGAUAGAUCAAAGUGGGAUUCUUAUGGAAGUGAAGAGCCUUGGAAACAGCUUCUUCUGUUUAGGGCCUCAAGAACAAACACUACUGAUUCGGCUUGUGAAAAGACUUGGCAGAAAAUCCAGAAGAUGCAUCCAUCUUUGUAUCGGGAUAGUGCUGGGCCUAGUUACAAUCUAAGAGAGAGACUCAGUAGUCAGUUUAACGAGAGGAAAGCUGGGAAGGAUGAAUCAUGUGGUCUACUUUGUUCAGAGUUUCAAGCUCAAGUACCUGACUGGUCUCUCAUCGCCUCUGAAAGCGAUUCAAAGUGGUUCGACACUCUGAUGCCGCCACUUAACAAAGAACAAAACAAUAAUAAUCGUCUUACUGAAAGAGAUCCUAUUGGAAAUGGUGACAGCAAUAAAAUGCUCACAAUGCUGGUCUCAGCUAUGGGAGAGUGUGCACUCUCGAUCCUUAGAGAACCAGCAGUGCCGCAGCAUUUUCUCGAUGGGGAUUCACUGCAUGACUUCUGCAUCUCUGCACUGAAGAUCAUUUCCUGCCUAGUUGAGGAUGUAAUUGCUAGUCCGUGGAUUUCACCUCCAGAGCUCAUACAUCUAUGUGCUUCAUUUCCUGAAACUGGUGACAAUAUAAAGCAUUCUAAAAAGGUUGCAUCCGUUUCCAUAGCGUUCGAGUUAUGUAUUAGAACCGUGUGGAAUUGUGUUAGACUCAUCUGUCUGAAAUUUGAGUCUAACUCAUCUGAGGAUUUUGUGUCCGAAAAAGCAGUUACUGAUUUUGUGAGCGAGGCAUGUCGCAAAUCUGCAUACUAUCUGGAUGUUCUCGAGCAAUAUGGAGAGUUAAAAAUUGAGGAGCUUAUACAACACAAGCGUCAUAAGAGUCCUGAUCUGGCUGACUCAUGUACACUCUUUCACUCCUUGCUGCUAUCUUCUCAGAAGAUUUCGAAAAUAGUGACUGGAAAUAUCUUGGAGCAGGAGAUUCUUGCUUAUGAGGAGUUCGUUCCUGUGUGCUCAAAAUUAUGUCGCGCAAAUCAGAUAAAAAUUGCUGAUAUCCUUUUGAAAGAUGUUAUCAUCACAAAAGAUCUAUUCUUGGAGAGAGCAAGAGUUUUAACAUGGAAAGCAAGGAUUGCUAGAGCUGAACAAGAGCGUGUUGAAAAAGAGUGUGUUAAACAAGAGGGUGCUAAACAAGAGCCUGUUGAACAAGAGCCUGUUAAACAAGCACGUGUUGAAAAAGAGCUUUUGAACAAGAUUGUGUUCGAAAGCAUAUCUAAUGAGGGCCAUGAGACUUGUUUCCAACUAACUAUUAUAUAUUUCUUAAGAGCGUUAUACUUCCAAGAAACUAAACCAGAGUCCAAGCAAAUUUUCGAAGACAUUAACAAAUCAUUGAAUCUAUGUGUAUGGAUUCAGUCUGGUGAGACUAUGCCCCUGGAAAACGUGAUUCCUCUACUGUUCAAUGUAAUUGAUUUGGUCUCAAUAAAGGGUUGGAUAGAGCUCCAUCAACGGAUAUACGACUUGAUGUUUAGAAUAUUUAAAGGGAGAAAUGUCAGAUUGAAGGAUGCUUUGGCAAUGUUGUGGGACUGUAGACGGCUAAGUCAUGCGUUAUGUCCUUCUCCAAUAGAUGAUGCUGUCAUCACGGGAUUAUCAUGCUACUUUGAUGAAAUAUCAGAGUCAACAGAUUUCUGGAAAAGUUGCUUGCAGUUUUCAAAAGCAAAAUCAAUUGGGUUCGAGCUGAGCAUACAUGAGUCAGACAUCACAAUAGUUGAGAUUAAACGCACAGCUUCCAAACUAGACACAACUUCCAAACCAGUCUCAAGUGAUCCACUUCCCUGUUUCUCGUCUUUUGUUGCUGCAUCUCUAUAUUAUGAUCUCUGUGAAAGAGAAUUGUCAUGUGGUAAUUUAUACAAGGCUCUCUCUUAUGCUACGGAAGCACAAAGGAUUCGAAAUUUUCUUCUAAGAAAAUGGUUUAGAUUUAGUGGGAAAACUACACAGACAGUAGAAAUAAUGACUUUCGACUUUAAGAAGUUUGAAGUUUCAAGUCUUAGAGAUACCGAUUCAUGGCCAUGUGGAACUUUUCUCUGGGAUAUUAGCCGCUGCUACUUAAGCCCUUGGAUUUUGCUCCAAUGUUGUUUGGAAAGUGUUCUUCAGCUUGGUGGUAUUUGGGAGCUUAUGGGGGAAAGAGAUAGGGCUGGAAACUUGCUAUCUUGGGGAAAAACUGUUUCAUCUAUUCAGAGCCUACAACCUUUUGUCCUUGCAUUUUCUCUUGCUUUGGGGAAUCUCUACAAUAAAAUGCAGUGUAGGGAUCUAGCAGAAAAGGAGCUCCAGAAUGCGAAAAAGCUGCUAACAGAUAGUCAAAAAAAUUUUCCUUGCCGAAACUGCAAGCUGAUGUUAGAGGUUACGUUGGAUAAGCAAUUUGGAGACUUGUCUCAAAGACAAUCUGAGAGUCUGUAUAGUGCAGCCUUACAAAAAAUAUGCUGCCCAGCUUGGAAAGGAUGCAUUAAUCAAACAGCCGAGGUAGAGAAACCAAGAGACUCGAAAAUGAGGCGUGGAGGAGGUGCUCUAAUUGUGCAUGCUUGCGAGAUGAAGGAGCAGCCUAUUAUAAGGUUGACUCGCUCAAUGAGUCGAUCACUUGAAGAACGACCUCAAAACUUUCCUGCUAAGAAGUGUAGAUUCAUUGAUGAAUCUGAUAUCUGUGAUGCAAAGGGGUUGAUGCGGGACACUAAAAACAGAAUCUGCGUUUGCAUCAAUAGAAUAAGCCAGCAGCACCUCUCUAACGAAGUUACAAGAUCUGGAUUGCCGAAUAACUUUAUAAGUUUGAAAUGGCAAUUUUACCAAAGGAGGCUUGCGUGCACGGUUCUUGUCAGCCUUGGAAAAUGUUUGGCUAAAUCUGGAAAGGUUCAUCAAGCACAUGGGGCAAUUUUGCAUAGCAUCGCUGCUUUGUAUAACAGUACCGUAUCCAUCCUCAGCUCACCUUCUUCUCGCAGUCCAUUGCUGGAUUUUAUUGGGAAGGAAAUCAAAGGAGAUGUAUUUGGUCUUGAUCGUGCAAGAAUAUUAUACAACUUGUGCAAGUUGAGUCUUCAAACUUACCACUCCAGGUCUGUUUUAUGUGAUUUAUCACAUAUUCCAUAUCAGACGCUGGUUUCAUUGUUAACGUUGGCAUUUGUACUUAGCAGAGAGGAUCCGAUACUCUGUCGAAAGAUUUCAAGGUUGCUUGCUGUGUUAUACUUGGUCUCUUCUAUAGGGUCUGAGUUCUCACUCCCCUGUGACGGGGAGCUUUCUUUAAGUCAUUGGGUUACAUAUUAUCAUCAAGCCUCUCUUGGUGCUAAUAGCAACUACCACUUCUUGUCAAAAUUUAUGAAAUCAGGACGCAACUCAGAUAAAGAGGCUUCUGAAGAAUUCGACUUUCUCAGGCUUGCUCCCAAAAGCACCGACGGUCUUGUUAAGUUUGCAAAAAACUUUUUCAAUGGUCUACCAGAAACGACAGCCAUCUGCAUUAGCGUGCUUGGAGGCACACUGAGUAAAUUGUUGCAGGAGUUAUUGAAAAGCCCCCAAGUUUGUGGGUGGCUGCUCUUGUCACGGUUGAGCUCAAAGAGUCAGCAGCCUUUAGCUGUACUUCUGCCAAUUUAUUCUUCACUUGGAGAAGGUGGGAUUGAAAAGAUGGAUAAAAGAUGGGAUUCUCCAUGGGGUUCCACAGUGGUGGAUGUUGUCGCUCCAGCAUUUCGAUUAAUAUUGAAGGAGUACAACUUUACUGGUUCUCAGGUUCCUAUGGAAGAUGAAAAAUUGAGGUGGAAGGAGAUAGACGAACUUGAACUUCGUCUUAAUAAAUUGCUAAGAAACCUUGAAGACACCUGGUUGGGUCCCUGGAGGCAUCUGCUUUUGGGAGAGUCUUCAAAUAGUAAAUCGCAUGAGUCCACGCAAAAGAAGCUGGUUGAAGAGCUAAGGGCCAAAUGUAAUAUGGAAGUAAAUGAGACACUUCUAAAGGUUUUCCUUGGAAAUGACACAGCCAAGGACGGCGACUCAUGGAUAUCUCAGCUUUGUUCAAAGAAUGGUUGCUGCAUAGGAGGUCAUCCAAGUGACCAUAUUGAUGAAGAAAAUGGAAGCAGUAUAUCUGAUGACCUUCGAAGUAGGUACCGGCUAGCCUUACAACUGAUACGGGACUCAGGGAUCAAGCUAGAGGAUUAUAAUGAGAAGAGAGAACCGAUAAUACUUGUGUUGGAUCAUGAGAUUCAGAUGCUUCCAUGGGAGAACAUUCCAACAUUGAGAAGACAAGAAGUAUACCGUAUGCCUUCUGUGGGUAGUAUAUCAGCAGUGCUUAAGAAAAGCUGUUACCGAGAAGAUCCUUCUCCCUUCCUUGUGAUCGAUCCUCGAGAUUCUUGUUAUCUAUUAGAUCCGAAAUAUAAUUGCAAAACAUUGCAAACCGUGCUUGAAGGAUUGUCCGAGAUUAAGGAAAUCAAGGUAGAAGCUGGAUUAGAGCCACCUGCUCCUUCUGCUCAGGAGCUAAAUGAUGCGUUGGGAAAUCGUGAUCUUUUCCUAUAUCAUGGGCAUGGUUCUGGAGAUCAAUAUAUUCCCAUGCGGAAAGUAGAGAAUAUGAACAAAUGUUCUGCAGCUUUUCUUAUGGGAUGCUGCAGCGGUUUGCCAUAUAGAGGAGGCAGAUAUGUACCAAAAAGUGUUCCGAUAUCUUUCCUGCUAGCCGGUUCCCCUGUCAUUGUGGCAACCUUGUGGGAUGUACCAGAAGAUAUUAGCCAGUUUGUGAAGGCAAUGUUGGAAAGUUUCUGGAGAGAGAGGAGUGAUGAUGUUAAACCAGAGAGAAUUGGGUCGCUCAUGGCUGAUGCACGUUAUGCCUGCGCUCAGCAAUUCUUGACAGGGGCUGCCAUCGUGUGUUAUGGUGUCCCAACUGCUAUCACAACAAAGAGGAAGAAAAAAAAUACUUGAAGCCAAUGUUUGAAAUUUGUUUUGAUAUACUAGGAGGGCAUUCAAAAUAUUGAUGAUUUAGAAGAUUUUUCUUCCUUAUUUUUGUGUUUCAACUUAAUAUUGAAUUCAAACCACGUAUUUCUCUUCAUAUGACUGAUAUCAUAAAAAGAAUUGUUGACGUCCAUUGAAGAGAAGUGAUGAAUCAACGAAUGUGAUUUCUUCUCAAGAUUCAUAUGUGAGAAUCUCUGAUGUCCACAAAAGACUGAGGAAGCCAACUACUCCCAAUCAACUGUUCUUUAACGUCCACAAAAAAAUUCCUUCACGCGACGUGUAUGACUAAAAAUAACAAGAGACAUGGUUUGGUCUGGUUACUACUGUGACUUUCAUAAUCAUACACCAUGUGCAUGUCUUGGAAUCAUUGGUGUUGAGGCAGAGCCGGACCUGAGCCCUAUCCAAAACAAAAAAAAUUAUUUAAUUUUUAUUUUUGUUAAAAUAUGUUUUUGAAAAAAAAUUAAUUUAAAUUUUUUUUUAAGAUAAAGUAUUUUUUGGUUACUUAAAAAUUUAAAAGAACAUUUUAGUCUAUUAUAAAUUUUUUUAUAUCAUUAUAAUUUUUAAAAUCUAUUUUUUUAAUCAUUUUUUAUUUUACAUUAAACAUUUAUAUAUUUAGUAUAUACAAAAAAAAAAUUUUAAAUGGGGUCCCAUUCAAAAUGUUUUACAAGCAUGGGAUCAAGCUCGGCUCUGUGUCGAGGAACCGAGAUACGAAUGGUUUGAUGCCAAACCUUAAAAGUGAGUUUGACUCUUCUCUCUAAUCUGUCAGCCGGUACACUUACGUCCAGUGGCGGAGGUAGUUAAUAAUGAGGGGUGUCAUAUGACCCAUGUGAAAUCAAAGAAAUUUUUUAUAUAACGUCCAGUGGCGGCCGGUUUAACAUUUCGAAUCAGUCGGUUUAACAUAUGGUCUAAACCAACCUGUUAUAUAAGUUUUGUUAUUGCAAUGAUUGUCGUUAGAAUAAUCCGUGGGAGAAAACCCAUUAUAUGGGUUAUUUUAAUUAUGGUUCGAGUCUUUUUCAAUGUGUCUCUACUGCAAUUUCUCUAAUAAUAAAUAAAUAUUUAGACUUGAA